UUUGAACCGAGAUCCUCAGAUUUCAGCCUCCAGAGUAGCUAGGAUCAUAGAUAGGUGUGAGCCAACAAGCCUGGCUCUCCUCCAGUUGUAAGUAGAGGUAAAUGUAAGUGUGGCUUAAAGGAAAGCUUACUCCUUCCUUUAGCAUGCUGUAGCAUUGUACUUUACAUGUAUACAGUCACUAAUACAUGCUGAUCAUUCCAGAACAAUUCUGACCAUCCCUUGGCUAGUUGGGAGGGCAGGUCUUAGUUAAUGAACUGAACGGUUUAUAACGGAGGCACUUACAUUUUAAAACGCUUGUCCGCCGGAACCUACAUUUCCAAGUAAAGGGGAUUAGUUUGGGUCCAGAGCUCCCAACCGCCUGCUUUUGUAUCAGGGGUCACAAAGUGAACCUAAAACCAGGACCCACCAACUUGGGGGAAGGCUCUCAGAUGGGACAACAACAGGUCACCAGCGCCUGCACGUGGCCCUCCCGAGACCGUGGGAAAAGAGGAACCCCCGAGGGAAACUGCCAGGAUGUAAGAUGUCUGCUAAAAAGUCCUUGCGGAUCUCCGAGGAAAGGUCUACUGGCUUCCAGAAUGUCCGCCCGCAGUACUGACGUCACUCCAUCGGCUUCCUCAAAGCCGAACGCCAGAACGCUCCAAUCAGGAACUAGGCCCCGCCCCGUCCCGCGUCACUUCCGGUGGUGCAGCAGCCAUUUUGUCAGUCGCCCGCGGAUCCCGCGCGCUGGAGAAGUGCAGUUCCCCCUGGUAACUAACUCGUCGGUUCUUUCUCGGCGCUGCCGACGAGCGCGGUCGAAGAGCGCUCACCGAAGGCAGAGACGUUCCUCCGUACAUGGUCGCUGCUGCCGUUGCACCCGCCCGGCGCUAGCGCCCUGUCUGCUUGCCGCGCCGCUUGACAGGCGCCCUCGGGGAGCCGCCGUUCGCGAUGUCAAACGAGGAGAGCUACCGGGCCAUCCUGCGCUACCUGACGAACGAGCGCGAGCCCUACGCGCCCGGCACCGAGGGCAAUGUCAAGCGGAAGAUCCGCAAGGCGGCCGCCUGCUACGUGGUGCGCGGCGGGACUUUGUAUUACCAGCGGCGGCAGCGGCAUCGCAAGACAUUCGCGGAGCUGGAGGUGGUGCUGCAGCCCGAGCGACGCCAGGGCCUCAUCGAGGCGGCGCACCUGGGCCCCGGCGGCACCCACCACACUCGACAUCAGACCUGGCACGACUUGUCCAAGACGUACUGGUGGCGAGGUAUAUUAAAGCAAGUCAAAGAUUAUAUCAAACAGUGUAGCAAAUGCCAGGAGAAACUAGAUCGCUCCCGUCCAAUAUCAGAUGCUUCAGAAAUGUUGGAAGAAUUGGGACUAGACCUUGAAUCUGGAGAAGAAAGUAAUGAGUCAGAGGAUGACCUGAGCAACUUUACUUCACCUCCAACUACAGCUCCUAAGUCUUCAAAAAAGAAGCCAGUAUCCAAACAUGAACUUGUAUUUGUUGAUACGAAAGGAGUGGUAAAGCGUUCUUCUCCAAAACAUUGCCAGGCUGUCUUGAAACAGCUGAAUGAGCAGAGACUUUCCAACCAGUUCUGUGAUGUAACUUUAUUAAUUGAAGGAGAAGAGUACAAAGCACAUAAGUCUGUUUUGUCAGCUAAUAGUGAAUAUUUUCGAGAUCUUUUUAUUGAGAAAGGAGCUAUUUCCAGUCACGAGGCUGUGGUGGAUCUUUCUGGUUUUUGUAAAGCAAGCUUCCUUCCUUUGCUAGAAUUUGCCUAUACUUCUGUACUGAGUUUUGACUUCUGUAGCAUGGCUGAUGUGGCUAUCUUAGCUCGUCAUCUCUUCAUGUCAGAAGUUUUAGAAAUUUGUGAAAGUGUGCAUAAACUAAUGGAAGAGAAGCAGCUAACAGUAUAUAAAAAGGGUGAAGUACAAACAGUUGCAUCUACCCAAGACCUGCCACCACAGAAUGGAAGUACAGCACCUCCUGGGGCUAGCAAUGAAGGAACCACAAACACUGUAUCUAGUGAACAUGGAGGUUGUGAAAUUGUACUACUAGUAAAUGGAGAGUUGCCAGAAGCUGAGCAGAAUGAAGAGGUAAGACAACAGCCUGAGGCCCAGGUUUCUUCAGAGGCUGAAGCUACUAUAUCAUCUGCAGGAAGUAUAGCUGACUCCCAUCCUGAAAUAGAAUCUGUUGCUUUAGGGAUGAAAAACGAGGCAGACCUAGAAGCUUCAAACAUCAGAGAUGACACAGUUUCUAAUACAAAUCCUAUACUUUCGAAAGACAAUGUAAUCAGUAGCUCUCACGAGGACAGUGAUAUGGGAAAUGAUGUAUCAGCUGAAGAUAACUGUGCUGAAGACAUUCCAAAUGAUACGCAAAACCUUGAGCAGCCUUUAAAAGAUCAUGAAAAUCUAGUUGCAUCAAUGGCAAACCAAGACCUUGGCCCUGAGGAUGACACUUACAGAAGUAGGCUUCGGCAGCGGUCUGUUAAUGAAGGGGGAUAUAUCCGACUACACAAGGGCAUGGAAAAAAAGCUCCAGAAGCGGAAAGCUGUUCCUAAGUCAGCAGUCCAACAGGUGGCCCAGAAAUUAGUUCAAAGAGGGAAAAUGAUGAAACAACCAAAAAGGGACACCAAGGAGAACAUUGAAGAAGCAUCCCAUAAAUGUGGGGAAUGUGGAAUGGUUUUUCAGAGACGGUAUGCUUUUAUAAUGCACACUCUGAAACAUGAAAGAGCUAGAGAUUACAAAUGUCCGUUAUGUAAAAAACAGUUUCAGUAUAGUGCCUCGUUGCGUGCACAUCUUAUUCGACAUACCAGAAAAGAUGCUCCGAGUUCAUCCUCCUCCAAUUCCACAUCUAACGAGGCAUCAGGAACAUCAUCUGAGAAGGGCAGGACCAAACGCGAAUUUAUUUGUUCCAUAUGUGGAAGAACGCUACCUAAAUUGUAUUCUCUUCGAAUACAUAUGUUAAAACAUACAGGUGUAAAGCCACAUGCAUGCCAGGUCUGUGGAAAAACAUUCAUCUAUAAGCAUGGUCUAAAAUUACAUCAGAGUCUCCAUGAAUCACAAAAGCAAUUCCAGUGUGAACUGUGUGUUAAGUCAUUUGUUACCAAACGGAGUCUUCAGGAACAUAUGAGUAUUCACACAGAUACUCCCAUAAUUGCUCAGAAGUUUAAGUCUAAAGUUUCUUCUGAGACUCAAGACAAACACUUAGCUGUCAGCAACUAUAGAAACAGCAAACAAGUUAAAAUACGUCCCAAAUACAAUGACACAGAAUGUGAAAAAAGUUUCUUUGAAGCUAGAGAUCUUCGUCAGCACAUGAACAAGCAUCUUGGUGUGAAGCCAUUCCAGUGCCAAUUUUGUGAUAAGUGCUAUAGUUGGAAGAAAGAUUGGUAUUCCCAUGUGAAAUCUCAUUCUGUCACUGAGCCUUAUAGGUGUAAUAUAUGUGGCAAAGAAUUUUAUGAAAAAGCUUUGUUUAGAAGGCAUGUAAAGAAAGCCACCCAUGGAAAGAAAGGAAGAGCAAAGCAAAACCUGGAGCGGGUGUGUGAACAGUGUGGAAGAAAAUUUACUCAGCUGAGAGAGUACAGGAGACAUAUGAACAACCAUGAAGGAGUUAAACCUUUUGAGUGCUUAACAUGCGGAGUAGCUUGGGCUGACGCUCGGUCUCUAAAACGUCAUGUGCGAACACACACAGGUGAACGGCCCUAUGUGUGUCCUGUGUGUAGUGAAGCCUACAUAGAUGCCCGGACGCUUCGCAAACAUAUGACUAAAUUCCACAGAGACUAUGUGCCUUGCAAAAUUAUGCUGGAAAAAGACACCCUUCAGUUUCAUAACCAAGGAACUCAAGUGGAACAUGCUGUUAGCAUCUUAACUGCAGACAUGCAGGAACAAGAAAGCAGUGGUCCUCAAGAGCUUGAGACGGUGGUGGUGACAGGAGAAACUAUGGAAGUUCUUGAAGCUGUUGCAGCUACUGAGGAGUGUCCAUCAGUAUCAACGCUUUCUGACCAAAGUAUUAUGCAAGUGGUGAAUUAUGUUCUGGCACAGCAGCAAGGACAGAAGCUUUCGGAAGUGGCAGAAGCUAUUCAAACAGUCGAAGUAGAAGUGGCACAUAUUUCAGAAGCAGAAUGAAUAUAGUGAUGGCAAAAAAGACACAUCUUGUACACUGAACUCACAAAAUGUUUGUUUACAGUUCCAUGUGACUAUCCACUUUAAGGUUUCUGUGUCAAUGCUCUGGGCUGUUGGUGCCAUUUCCUUUGGCCAGUGAGUUCUGUAGAAAGUCUGUACUGUAAAGAAAUGGAGAACAAAAUUCUGUCUGCUGAUAGUGGUUUAUCAUGGUAUGUUUUUUUAUGAAUUAAUGUUCAUAAAUGACUGUACUAAAUUUAAAGUUGUACAGUUUUAUUUGUAUUUUGACAUUAUUAUAUAUUUUGAGUUCAAAGGCUACACCAGUUAGCUUUUUUUUGUUUUAUUCUCAAAAUACAGUUCUGUGAUUUCAGUUGCUACUUGUGGAUUAAAAAGAAAUUUUUAAUAUAAAGCAUUUCAUAGGAUGCAUAGGUUUAUUACUUAAUUUUUUGUAGGUCUGUGAUUUACAACUUGCUAUUUAUUUAACCCUUUUUGAGUCAGGGAUUCCUUAUUCUGUUUUAAAGCACUUAAUGAGUUAUGUGUUGUAAUCAAGUUCAAACAAUAUAUUUAUCUUUGUGGGGAACCCAUAAACUGAGUACCUGAUUUUUAAAAUGCCAUUAAAGUGCAUAAAAUUCCUGUUAAGGCCUUACUGUGCUUUCUCUUCCAGGCAUAUAAGUGGCCAUGAGAAAUGAGUACUGUUUAUUAAACACUGUUGAUGGAAAAUUUCUCCUCUAACAUAGGACUGUUAAUUUAAAACAAUCUCUGCUGAAAAGAGUGAAUAAGUUAAUGAAUGCACAGUUACAUUUGGUUAUGUUUUCAUCUUUUGUAUCAUGUUUGUGUCGAAAAACUGCAGGUGAAAAAUAGGAUAGCAAUAUGGACAUCCUGUGGAUACCAUAUAAUUGUCAAAAAAAUUUCAGAAUAUUGAAAAGUCUUCAGUACAGCCUCAUUAUAGGAUACUACUUGAUUAUGCUUCUACCAAAAUAAAAAAUCUUGAAAAUUUACCUAAAACUAAAUUAUAUUGAUUCAUGUGUUUGAUUUUUAAGUUCUUCCUCUUUAAGCUAGUCAAUUUUCUGACUUUUAAGAUAACCAUGGAGAAAUCUCACAUUUUUCUCUAGGAAACUACCAUUGAAGCUAUAAUUGUUAAAACUAAGCUUUUAGGUAUUAGAAGCUAUCUUAAGAUAAAAAAUUAAGAUAUAUACAGAUCAUAUGUAAUUCAUUCCUAAAGCACAAAAAAAGAAUGUGCCUUGUUGUACAUAUAAAGAUGCUUUUAUUCCAGUUUACUUUAAAAAUGGCUUUAUGUAUAAAUGUGAUAGCCAUGCUGCAUGCAUUAUAUUUGCAUACAUAAUAUUUGCAUUUGCAAAUUUUUGUUUCAGUAGCUGUAUGGCUGACUAAGUGAAUCUACAUACAGCCUGUUGUAAUGGCUGAUUGUUUACUGUUAGUGAAAAAGUUUUUCAGUCUAACUAAAACUUGAAAUUGUAUUUUGUCCAUUUUACCAUUGUUACUACAUUUAGUUAAUUGUGAAAGCCCAUUUAUGUAUGUCAGAAAUAUGUAAAUAAAAGAUGUUCAAUCUUGUUUAAAGCAUAA